CCUUACCUGACCCCGGCGACUUCGACCGGCACGUGCCCCGGAUCUGCGGUGUGUGCGGAGACCGAGCCACCGGCUUCCAUUUCAACGCUAUGACCUGCGAAGGCUGCAAAGGCUUCUUCAGAUCUUGAUAUAAGGGAAAGGUGUAAAGGACAGAGAAGAAAAAUCAGAAAGACCCUUUUGAUGAAGAGAAUGAAGAAUACUGGCGACGUUUAAGAGGUGAACUUGGAAGGCAAGGUUGAGAAACAGAUCACUGCUCGCCUCUGUACGUCGUCUCCCUCCUCCUCAGGACACCGUGAAGCUGACAUGUGCAGCAAGUACCAAGCCAACAAAGACAAUGUGGAGAAAUGUCUUCUUGUUCGUGAGCCCCAAGGUUCUCAGGGACCUUGUUGAUGACGGGCCUUGGGGAGCACAGGCUGACGGAGCAUGAAGCGGAAGGCACUGUUCACCUGUCCCUUCAAUGGAGACUGCCGCAUCACCAAGGACAACCGCCGCCACUGCCAGGCCUGCCGGCUCAAGCGCUGUGUGGACAUCGGCAUGAUGAAGGAGUUCAUCCUGACUGAUGAAGAGGUGCAGCGGAAGCGGGAGAUGAUCCUCAAGAGGAAGGAAGAGGAGGCCUUGAAGGACAGCCUGCGGCCGAAGCUGUCCGACGAGCAGCAGCGCAUCAUCGCCAUCCUGCUGGACGCCCACCACAAGACCUAUGACCCCACCUACGCCGACUUCAGCCAGUUCCGGCCUCCGGUUCGAGAGGGUGAGAAUGAAGGGAGCCAUCCCUCAGGGCCUUGGUUCAUACACACGCCCAGCUUCUCUGGAAACUCAUCCUCCGCCUGCUCAGAUCGCUACACCUCCUCUCCAGAUACGAUGGAGCCAACCGGCUUCUCCAGCCUGGAUCUGAGUGAAGAAGACUCUGAUGACUCUUCUGUGACCCUGGACCUGUCCCAGCUCUCCAUGCUGCCGCACCUGGCUGACCUGGUCAGUUACAGUAUCCAGAAGGUCAUUGGCUUUGCCAAGAUGAUCCCAGGGUUCAGAGACCUCACCCCUGAGGACCAGAUCGUGCUGCUGAAGUCGAGUGCCAUCGAGGUCAUCAUGCUGCGUUCCAACCAGUCCUUCACCAUGGACGACAUGUCCUGGACCUGCGGCAGCCCGGACUACAAGUACCAAGUCAGUGAUGUAACCAAAGCCGGACACAGCCUGGAACUGAUCGAGCCCCUCAUCAAGUUCCAGGUGGGGCUGAAGAAGCUGAACUUGCAUGAGGAGGAACACGUGCUGCUCAUGGCCAUCUGCAUUGUCUCCCCAGACCGGCCCGGGGUGCAGGACGCUGCGCUGGUCGAGGCCAUCCAGGACCGCCUGUCCAACACACUGCAGACCUACAUCCGCUGCUGCCACCCACCCCCAGGCAGCCACCUGCUCUACGCCAAGAUGAUCCAGAAGCUAGCGGACCUGCGUAGCCUGAACGAGGAACACUCCAAGCAGUAUCGCUGCCUCUCCUUCCAGCCCGAGUGCAGCAUGAAGCUCACGCCCCUCGUGCUCGAGGUGUUCGGCAGCGAGAUCUCCUGAGGAGGGCAGCCUGCCCUGGCGCCUGGGCGGGGCUGCCUCUCUGGGGCCGGAGGCUGCCCAGCUCUCCCCACUCCUGGAGUUCAGCCCCUCCUCUCCCACUUCCCCUCCCUGCCCAGCCCAUCCUCCCUGCUGCCCAACCUAACACCAGGUCUCCCUUACCUGCAGGCCACGGGCUGCCCCCAGUGCCUCGAGACCUCAGUCAUGAGGAAUUGCUCUUUAUUUGACAAAGAAUCUUGAAUGGGGGCAGAGGGCAGAGGCUGAAGGUGGGCCCGUGCCAGGGGAUACCCCCUCCCACACCACAGAAGUGGCGGCUGGCUGGUGCCAAGGGAACAGGCAGGCGGGAGAGACGCAGCCAUUCCUCAGGGACAGAGAUACCCUCACCUCUACCCAGCUCCAGGCCCACACGCCCAGAGCCUGGUGGGAUCACCCUUCCUUCACCCCACCCACGAUGAACACUGACCCGUGACCCACACCUCAUCCUGCUGCCGCUCUGUCCUGGGCAGUGUGCCGCGAUGGGACCUUCUCCCUCUGCCUUCCUACCCUGGCCUGCCCAGGACACUCACUGCCAAGGAAGACCAAAAUCAAGGUGACUAAGGUCACAGCCUCCCCUCAUCCACCUCUGCUGGCCAAAGGGCAUUUGCCUAACCCCACGGUGCCCACCUUCUUCCCAUCGCCAUGGUAACAUUCUCCUCCGGAAGUAGCUGUGAUAAGAUGGGCUUUCUCCCCACGGCGGGGGCCACUGGCCCAGAACCCGUGUGCUGAGAGGCCAAGGAGGGAAGAGAGCAGGGCCCAGGCAGUGAGGGGACAGGCAAACCCAGCCUGAACGUAAGAGUAGCCGAUGGAGGCCACACCCGUCCUGCCGCCAAGCCCACAGCUCCUCAGCCUGGAGCUGAGGGGUUGGCCGAGGCGGGGCUCUCCCUCCAGCAAUCCACAUGGCAGGACUGAAUGGCCCCCAGGCUUCAGAGAAUCGUGGGCACCAUCCUCAUCCUCACCCUGCCAGUGCCUUACCUCCCACCCCAGAGAGAGAACCGGCCGCAGGCUCCAGGGCCCUUGCGCAGCGGCCAAGGGCGCUGAAGGGGCCUGAUCCUGGGAUGGCCAAGGGUGGUGACCCAGAGACCAUCCCACUGUCUGAGCCCCCCGGCAGCCUGGAGAAGCAGGUGCUGCUCUGCUUACCAGCGGGGCCUCAUCUUUCCCACCUGGCAGGGUGGGAUGGGGGAGAGGAAUUUCCAGACCCCCAAAAGCCCAAGCCCUCCCUGCCCACCUAGUUCUGCUUCUAACACUGCUGUCCCCCGAAGGCAGUGCUUCAGCACCCCGGGUGGGGGGACAGCGGGUUGGCCUGGUGGCUGGUCAGUGAGAGCACUGGGGGGGAGUCGGGCGGGGUACUUCCUUAUUCCCACCCCCCACCCUGACGUCCAAAGGGACCUGUGAGGCAGGGCGGGGUAGGGGCACCGAACCUCAAACUCCCUGUAUGCAGAGCAGCUCAGCAGGUGGGCACUCACAGCCCGUGUACCCGGUUGGGCUGCUCUGGGGCGUGGGUGACAGGCAUGCCGGAGCAGAGCAGAGAGGGCUCCUCCAGGAUCGACAGAGGGUCCUUCAGAUCAUACUCAAGUCUGGGGAGUUCAGCCGCGCUUGCUUUCUCAGCCAGGAGGAGGUGGUGUCAGCACCUGCGUCCGCUGUUCCCUGAAGACCCCGGCAGCAAACCAGCUUACCUCCACGACAGCCGCCAGUGUCUGCUGGCCAGUGUUUCUUCAUCUGACAGCCACCGUCCCUAUUGCAGGACCGUCCUUAGACUCAGUGUGAUGUCUGUUAGAGGCGGGUUGUCUUCAGACUCCAUUUGGUACCACAUUCUAAUAUAGCGGGUAGUAGGCGCCACUGAUGAAGCGGUAUUUAUGGGUGGUGACGUACGUUGUGAAAAUUCUACACGUUAAUUACUGUUGUUGUUAUUUUACAAAUUAGGGAGAGGCCCCUGGGAUUUGAUUUUAGCUGCAGAACACAUUGGUCCAGUUGUCAAGUCAGUGGUAGAAAGGGCUUGAAAAUCUCUGACCCAGUUCAAUCCCCUUGUUAAAGAAAACUGACGCUGAGAAGGUGUGACUCACCCAAGCUCGUGUAACUAGUUCAAAGCCGCCCCAGGACUGGACCCGGACUUUGGACUUAGGGUCCAGUGCUGUUUUCACUACACCAUGCUUGAGCUCAGACUCCAUGUCCCACGCCCCUUGUGGCUGACCUCAUCCCUGGGGGAAGCCCUGGGUUUUAGACAGAGCAUGUCCAGAUCCCAGAUCCCUGCCUUGCUUCCCUGGGUUGUCACCCCACUGACCCAUCAGGAGGAGGAGAAGGGACACCUCAGCCUGUGUCUCAAUGUGAAUCACACCCCAGCCCCAGUGUGGCCUUGGCCGGAGGGGGUCUCUGCCGCAGCUCGGCGUAAUGCUGUUGCCUUAUCAAUAAAGUGCAUCUGUCUUUGUACUGUCUUCACCCUCCUGGCGCUCCCCUGGACCUGCCUUCCCCAGGGAACAUGACAGGAUCCACUGAGAACGCCAGUUCCUCAGCCCUGGGGCCCAUGACAGCUCAGUCUAGUCCCAGAGGGAAGUCCAGCAGCUGGGAAGAUGAGAAGUGAGGCUCCCUGGGGCUGAGUUGGGAGACAAUGUUAUCAUCUUUUCUGUUUUAGAAUGAGAGAAUGUGAAGGUAGACAUUCAUACGUCUCAACCUUUUUAACCUAUAUUAUUGGAAAGCUAGGAAAGUCUGCACCAAAAAUGCCCAAUAAACGAGAUUCUGGGAGAUAGGAAAACCCUUCUCUGGCCGACUGGAAGAAGUGGGAGAAUCUGAAGGAGGCCAACAGGGAAGCUUGGAACGUACAAUAGAUCUGGUUCAAUCUGGGAAUAAAGCAGCAAAGAAAGCUUUGAAGAGGGCCUCCUGCGUGAUUUCCAAAGAGAAAAAAAAGUUUGCCAGAAAUGUGUCAAAUAAACCAAUGAAGAAAGCUCUGCUAUGGUAGUAAAGAUGGUGCAUACUUACACAGCACUUACCUGGUGGCAAGUACUGCUGUAAAUAAACGCUUUAUGCAAACCA